AUGUUGGGAAUACCCGCAAUCAAUGACAUGCAUAACUUCGCCAAGGAGAGUAAAUACGGAAAAAUAGGAUACCAAAUGGUUGGCUCUGCUGGCAACAUUGUAUCAAAAGCUACCAAACCUUUCCAAAAUCAAAUAAAACAAGCAGACGAAUUUGCCGCAAAUUCUAUAGGUUAUGUCGAAGGUAAAUUCCCAUCUAUCAAAAAACCAACGGCAGACCUUGUCGAUGAUUUAAAAAAGCCCAUAGCUACGGUUGGUAAUACAAUCGACAACAAAUGCAUCACCCCAGCAAUGAAUAUUGCCACAAGUGUCCAAUCGCAAAUCAAUCAACGUGCCGUUGAACCUACAAUCGAGAUCGCUAAAAAGGUCGAUGCCAGUUUCGAAAGUGUCGUGGAUGUGUUUGAGUCAACACUUAACACUUAUUUACCCGAAGAUCAAUCCACUAAUGAAAGAUCCGUCAACACCACCACAGUUGACGACUCCACUUCUGCCGAUCUUCUCCAAACCUUCCGCGCUAUCAACAUAGCUUUAAUAGGUCAAAGACGUCUGACUAGACGCGUCAAGGCUCAAAUCAACAGCACUCAAGAAUAUACAGGAGAACAACUUAAGCAACUGCAAGAAUCAAACCAACUCUUAAAGAGUGCAUCUGAAACCGUAGCCAGUCUGAAUCAAAUGUUGCUUGGCAUUGUCGUCAAUGUUCGAGGUACAGUACAAAAUCCUGAAAUUGCUUCAACUCUUCAUUCUAAAUUACACGACAUUGCUUCUAUAAUUCUUGGCAAUGUGAAUAAAAAUGAAGAUUUACCAAAAGCUGUUCAAGCUCGUGUAAUUGAAUUAUCACAAUCACUUUUGCAAACAACUGAUUCGAUUGCCACAUAUGUCCGGGCAAAUGCAAACUACUUUCCUGAAUACAUUCGUUUAAAACCCCUCACAGAAUUCUUUGAACAACGAUACGUCGAGAUCGUAAAAGAAAUUAAAGAAGGUGAGGGUUCUCCGAUUGAGAAGGCCAGAAAAGUCAUCAACAUCACCACACAACACACAAUACCACUUUUGAACGAUCUCCAAGAAUCCGUCCAAUCGUACAGCUCAUCUCUCAAUGAUUCCUUCAUCAACACCACCGGAAAAGUAAAAUCAAGAUUCGUCGGUGUCAAUUAA